CGCAUCUAUUGAGCGCGCGCAGGCGACGAUGGCGAGCCCCUCGACUGCGCGGUGCUCUCAUGCCGUGUGAUUGAAAUUGGACAAUCAACAUCGCUAUUCAGGGGCGCCCAUCCAAAUUCUGCGCGGUGACGGCGCGCUAAAUGUAGCGGGCAUCGAAUGCUCGCAUUCUCAUCGUCUGAACUCGCGAGCUAACUCGGCUGUAAUAGGGUCUGAAUUCGCUCACUAGAAUCGCGGGCGCUGCCGUCGACGAACCACAACAUGGCACGGGGUAUGGAGGAGCGGCCGCAGGCCGCUGGGGAGAGCUCGAAGGAAAAGGAGACAUUGACACCCGAGGAUGGAGCCGCUUCGAAGAAGGGCCGGGGCCUUCUGCCAGUUCCAUCAAGGUCAUCUUCCCAAAAAGUCCAACCUUCGCCGACCGCCACAGGAUUAAGCGGCGCGACGGCUGGUGAUCCGAGAGACAGCAUCGGCGGGCGCUCCAAGGAAUCCAGAGCCAGUAUGUUGCGACCAAACCACAAUGGAAAGGCAUCUAGUAACCAUUUAGGUGCCGGGACAGGACCAACAGCGACACCGGGCAACUCGGAACCAAACUCGCCUGCAGUUACGUCCCACAAGAAGAAGAAGGGCGGCCUCCUCGCCCUUUUCGGCUGCUGCGGCGUGCCGGAUAGCGCCAACGGAAUCGACACCGAAGCACCAGUUCCGAGCCAUAAGCUCGAGAAGAUACCCGCACGGCCAGCUACUGCCAGCCGUAGGACAGCGACGCCUUCGGAACAACCCUCGGGCAGCAGGACCCACCUCUCCGAAAAGGAUGCCAGCCAGCAAGCCCCACUCUCGCUCUCGCAAGGGUCGACAAGAAACGGGAAGCGAACCUCGGGGGUCAGCACCCAGGACCAGUCUACGGUUGGAGGCGAGCGGGACAAUGAGUCGAAACAGACGACGCUCGUUGGCCCGGGCGCAAGCAACCUGGUGAUCUCGGUGGAAGCACCACACACUGUGGGCGCCGACGCCGACAAGGUGGAGGAAGUUCCGGCAGAGAGGGAUGCUGAGGGCGAUGUGCAGAUGCCGGAUGCCGAGGGUUCGCGGCAACUAGGGAACCAAGGAGCCACAGGAACUGCAGACGAACCACUCCCGAGGGUUCCACCGCCACCCCCAGGACCGGUGCCAGCAGUCCCGAACGCACCCACCAGCACCUUGGCCGAAAGCCCCCCGGUCUUUGCACCCGAUCAACCGCAGCGAUUCCUCUUGCCUCCCCAGGCACCCGAGCACAAGGGCCGGAAAUGCCUCGUUCUUGACCUGGACGAAACAUUAGUCCACAGCUCGUUCAAGAUCCUUCAUCAGGCCGACUUCACGAUACCGGUAGAGAUUGAGGGCAACUACCAUAAUGUCUACGUCAUCAAGCGGCCAGGCGUCGACCAGUUCAUGAAGAGAGUCGGCGAGCUCUAUGAAGUUGUGGUCUUCACGGCGUCGGUGUCCAAGUAUGGCGACCCGCUUCUCGACCAGUUGGACAUCCACAAGGUUGUCCACCACCGGCUGUUCCGGGAAAGCUGCUAUAACCACCAGGGCAACUAUGUGAAGGACCUGUCCCAGGUGGGCCGUGACCUGAAGGACACCAUCAUCAUCGACAACUCGCCAACAUCCUACAUUUUCCACCCGCAGCACGCGGUUCCGAUCAGCAGUUGGUUCUCGGACGCCCACGACAAUGAGCUACUCGAUCUCAUCCCUGUUCUCGAGGACCUCGCUGGUCCCACUGUCCGGGAUGUCAGCCUGGUCCUCGAUGUCACUCUUUAAAGCUUUCUUUCUUCUUUUGCGGCCCAGCUUCUUCCGAUCGAACUGUCGCUUGAACUGGUCAUUGCCCCAUUUCGAACAGCUGCAAUCUUGGCCCAUACCCGCAGCAAGAGCGCACAUGCGACAUUUUCUUAAUAUCCCGAGAUUCGGUGUCGAGCUCAUUCACAAUUACGCAUUGCCGUAGUCCCUAUCCGACCUCCGACAAAACGGACAGCGCCGAGUAGAUGAUGAUCAUGGCCGUCUCUGAUCGCGCCGAAACUUGGGGGGACACAUAACGGCAAUAGGACUAAAAGCAACGACGGGCUUGGUUCGAAAUCAAAAAAACGUUCAACGGGAAGCGGUUUCAGGAGUUCGGUA